AUGAUGAUACGUUUUCUUUCCCAGCGACUGCAGCAACAGGAGCAGCAGCAACAGAAACAGAAACAGCAGCAGCAGCAGCAGCAGCAGCAGGAGAGAACCAUUCUGACCCGUUCUCUUCUCAACAGCAGCACCACCACCACCACCACCAGCAGCAGCAGCAGCAGCAGCAGGAGCAGCAGCAGCAGCAGGAAGAAGAAGAAGUGUUAA